GGUAGUUGUUCUAGAAACAUUGUAUGAAUACACGAAAGAAAUGUAGACCAAAUUUCAUUGGCCCCCAAUCUUUUGGGGGUUUCCGACAUAUUUUUUUCUUCAUGCUGCUUGAAAUCACACGAUUUGAAGCUGUAAACAUCAAAUUUAUUGAGGAAAGGGUCCUCUUCUUCUUCUUCAACACCUAAAAAGUCUUCUUGACCACCACCACCACCGCCACCCCUCUUUCCACCAAUCUACCACACAAUUUCCUCCACCAUUUUUUUAUUAUUUCCCACAUUCUUCAUUUCAUAUUAAAGAUUGAUUUUUGACAAAAACCCACAUCAAAUAUUUGAUUUUUCAUUCGUUUUGAUUGAUAGGUUACAUGUGUAUCUGUUUUUUUUUCACCUGCUUGCAUUCUUGAUUUCAUAAUUAGCUGAAAUUCUGAAGAAAGAAUUGAUUUUUAACACAAACCCAUGUCAAAGAUUUGAUUUUAACACAAACCCAUAUCACAUAUUUGAUUUUUAACACAAACACUUAUCAAAUACUUGAUUUUUAACUCAAACCCAUAUCAAAGAUUUGAUUUUUCAUUCAUUUUGGUCCAUAGAUCAUAUGGGUAUAUGUUUUUUUCACCUGCCUCAGCUGCCUGCAUUCUUGAUUUCAUAAAUAGGUGAAACACUGAAGAAAGUUUUCAUUUUUAACCAAAAAACUUGAUCAAAGAUUCAAUUUUUAAUCCAUUCUGAUCAAAAGACGAGAUGGGUAUCUGUUUUUCGACCACAAAGAUUAGUGGGUUCAGCAGCACGACCCCCUCGGUUGACGGUGGCACCACCCCGUGUGAAAAGCAGCCUCCUGGCAAGCAUGAUGGAGGUGGGUGUAAUGUCAAUUUGAUUGUGAAAAAAGAUCAGAAGAGGGAUCCGCGUCAAAAACAGAAUAACUACUAUAAUCAACAUAAAGCGAAGGUCCGGGCUGCGCCUAAACGACAGCAAAAGGUGAUUCCUUGUGGGAAAAGAACGGAUUUCGGGUAUCUUAAGGACUUUUAUGAACGGUAUACCACUGGAAAGUUGUUGGGGCAUGGUCAGUUUGGGUAUACGUAUGCUGCGGUUGAUAAAGCAAAUGGAGAUCGUGUUGCUGUCAAGAAAAUUGAUAAGAAUAAGAUGGUUCUUCCGAUUGCUGUUGAAGAUGUUAAACGAGAAGUCAAAAUCUUACAAGCGUUAAACGGUCACGAGAAUGUAGUUACAUUCUACAAUGCAUUUGAAGAUGAUUCCUUUGUAUAUAUUGUCAUGGAGUUAUGCGAGGGUGGUGAGUUGCUGGACCGGAUUCUGUCAAAGAAAGAAAGCCGUUACACAGAGAAAGACGCAGCAAUCGUUGUAAGGCAGAUGUUGAAAGUUGCAGCCGAAUGUCAUUUACAUGGUUUGGUACAUCGCGACAUGAAACCCGAGAACUUUCUUUUCAAAUCCCCGAAAGAAGAUUCGCCCUUGAAGGCUACGGAUUUUGGUCUAUCAGACUUUAUACGACCCGGAAGGAGGUUUACAGAUAUUGUUGGUAGUGCUUAUUAUGUUGCCCCUGAAGUAUUAAAGCGUAGAUCGGGCCCGGAAUCCGAUGUUUGGAGUAUUGGAGUGAUCACAUACAUUCUUUUGUGUGGGCGAAGACCCUUUUGGGAUAGAACCGAAGAUGGCAUUUUUAGAGAAGUGUUAAGAAAUAAGCCGGAUUUUAGGCGCAAACCAUGGCCCAGUAUUAGCAAUAGUGCUAAAGAUUUUGUAAGGAAAUUACUCGUGAAAAAUCCGCGAGCAAGACUCACCGCCGCACAGGCCCUAUCACAUCCAUGGGUUAGAGAAAAUGGAAAUGCUUCUAUGAUUCCUCUUGAUAUUUCUGUUCUAUCCAACAUGCGCGAGUUUGUGAAAUAUAGUCGCCUAAAACAAAUUGCUCUACGGGCAUUGGCUAGCACACUUGAUGAAGAAGAGAUAUCUGAUCUCAAAGAUCAAUUUCAGGCCAUUGAUGUAGACAAAAAUGGUUCUAUUAGCCUUGAGGAAAUGAGACAGGCUCUUGCUAAGGAUGUUCCGUGGAAGAUGAAAGACUCGCGGGUGUUGGAGAUUUUACAAGCUAUUGACAGCAACACAGACGGGUUAGUGGAUUUCACCGAGUUUGUAGCCGCUACUCUUCAUGUUCACCAGUUAGAGGAACACAACAACGAAAAAUGGCAGAAAAUGACCAAAGCUGCCUUUGAGAAAUUCGAUGUUGAUAAAGAUGGAUAUAUAACUCCAGAUGAACUCAAACUACAUACUGGUCUAAGAGGGUCAAUAUAUCCGCUUUUAGAGGAAGCCGACGUGGACAAAGAUGGAAAGAUCAGUCUCCCGGAGUUCCGCAAGCUAUUAAGAACGUCAAGCAUGAGUUGAAAGAAUCGUCACGAGCCCUACUGCCACUUUGUUCCGCCUUUCGGCUAAUUCAUACCAUAAAGGAGAAAAACGCGGUGUUUUCUUUUACAUAAAGUUGCAAUGUUUUUUACUAUGCUCUCUUUUUUGAGCUAAAUUUUCAUGGGCUAGUAGUGAAUGAGAAAAAAAUGAGGUACUUCAUGUGAAGAUAAGAUUUAGUGUGAAUUUUUUUUUUGGCCAAAAUAUUGGGGGUGGUGUGAAUUUUUUUCCUAGUGCGUAAAAGGUGUUCUUUUUGUAGUUUGAUGAGAGUAACAACAUGUAAAUAUAUGUCUAUAUAAUGCGAAAAUUCAAUACUUAACUAUUG